CCUUGAGCCCCACACCCCGACCCUAACCCGAGUAUUAUUUUCUUGGGAUUUUUACGUUAAGUAUUGAUGUGAAAAUUAAGAUUAGGAUCCAAAGCAUUUUCUUCUCCAGAUUAUACAAUUUUAUUUUAUUUUUGGAAAAUUUAUCAUAUAUACCCAUCUAACGAAUAAUUUGACACUUUAUGAAAAAUAACCUUUUGAUUAUUAUGGAUAGAAAUAAAUUUAUGAGUGGAGAAUAUUAAUUACUAAAGUUUUGUUCUUUCAUGGUAGCUGUGUUCAUUUAAAGUAAUUCUUCCAAGUUGCUUUAAAAAAAGAAAAUUCUUCCAAGUGAGUUGUCAGUAUCAUUUAACCAUAAUCGUCUCUAAUGGAGCUUUUACCUAUGAAAAAGUGAUAUACAUCAUAGAGCUUCGACAGAACUCUAUUCUCCCCUUAUCACCCACUUUUGGCCAUUCUAUCUCGCUCAAAAUAAAAGAACACUGUUAUUAGCUAUUGCUAUCUAGUAGUACUAACACGAAUUGAUUAUAUAUAUCUUAUCUAAGAUGAAAACCCCUAGGAAAACAAAAAUAUCUAUUUCAUCAGCUGAGCCCUCUCUCCUAUUAGAUCUCUCAAUUAUUGCAACAACAGUUUCAUCAUGACGACAUUAACAGAAAUCGAAACUGGGAGUCAGAGAGAUCACUAUGAUGAUUAUAAAACUAUGAUGAUCAAGCUUUAUGAGGCUGCAGUGAAAGGAUGUGUAGAGACACUGAACUCAUUGCUUGAAGAAGAUAGACUCCUUCUAAGUAAGAUUUCAUUCACUCGUUUCGUUGAAACACCUUUACACAUCUCAUCACUACAUGGCCAUGUUGAUUUCACUAAACAACUUCUUAACCACAAACCAAAACUGGCAUCUAAGCUAGACCACCACAAACGCUCACCGCUUCACUUGGCUGCCUCAGAAGGACACGUGGAGAUAGCCCGAGCCUUGUUACACACAAAUAAAGAUGUAUGCAUGGUUGAAGACAAUGAUGGGAGAAUACCUCUCCACUAUGCUGCCAUGAAUGGUUGUGUCGACUUGAUUCAUCUACUCCUUAUUAGCGCAGGAGUGGAAUCAGUUUGUCAAAAGCUUCCAAGUGGGGAAACAGCACUGCAUCUUUGUGUUCAACAUAACCAUUUGGAGGCUCUGAAAUUGUUAGUAGAAUCAACAGUACUCUCACUGAGUCUUAAUAAUAGCACAGAAGUACUCAAUGCAAAAGUGGUUGAAAGUGGUAACACCAUUUUGCAUCUAGCAGUCAUCCAGAGGCAGGUUGAGACUGUAGAGUACUUACUUUCUAUUGCCGAGAUGGAGAAGGACAUCUUGAAUAGGAAAGGUUAUAAGGCCUCUGAUCUCCUUGACGACCAACCAAAUGACUUCAACACCUACCAACUCCAAUGUGUGAUGAAUGUGAAGCAACCAACGUCUACAUGUCAUAACAUUACAAAUAGUAAGAAUAACAAUAAAUCAUUAUUGAGAAAGCAAUGGAUUAGUAUGCACCUAAGGAAACAUAGGAGGGAAUGGUUGAAAAAUGUAGAAGGAUCAAUCAUGGUGGUGGCAACUCUCAUUGUGGCCACCACAUUUCAGGCGGCAGUUAACCCUCCCGGCGGUGUCUGGCAGCAAACAUACAACACCACCAAAGCAAUUGAAGACUCAACUGAUUGCAGCAUCGAAACAUGUGGACACAAAAAUGGUACUUGCACUGAAAGAAAGAUAUGUUAUGCAGGAACUUCGAUAAUGGCUCAAAUCGAUGACUACCAUUAUGCCUUAUUUGUAUGGUUCAACAGCAUAGCUUUCUUGGCUUCUCUAAGUAUCAUAAUUUUGAUUAUUGGGGGAGUACCUAUCAACAAUAAGUUUUGCAUUUGGCUCUUUGAUUUGGUAUUGUUUGCCACUCUAUUUUGCGUGGGUCAGUCUUUCUUAUAUGCCAAUAUCUUAGUGACUCCCGAUUAUGGUGAUUAUUAUGAAAGCCUUAAUACGGUGUACAAUUGCUCCAUUUAUGUGUGGGAGGGGAUGUUUGUGCUCAUGGGAGCUUGGCAUGUUGCUUACCUUGUUAUUAAGCUUCAAAAAUGGUUGCCCAAGCACAAGCACAAGCACAACCAAGAGAAAUAAAAUUGAACUAAGAAAAGAAUUUCAAAAUCUUAAUAAAAAAGUUUUAGAAUUAAAUAUAAUAAAAUGUAAAAGAACACAUAGUUAUUAUGUUAAAAUAACUUUUAUGUAAUGGUAUUUUAUAUUUUUACCUUACAAAUAGUU